CAUUAGACUGCUAUAAUUAUAUGACUGGGUCCUGUGUACUGACUUUUAGCAGCUGAUAAAACACAGGUUGAUAGGUUGUUCGUGAUCACAAAUAUGAAUUUCGUCAGAUCCAGCCUUUCUAUUCGCUCCAUUUUAGGUCAGAGAAGCAGACAGGCUGUAGGGACAUGGAGCAGCAGGGGAAUGUGCAGCAAAAACCAGGAUGUCAAACCUGAAGCCCAACCUCUUAGAGAAGAGUCACGCCCUGCGUUCAAAGUCCCAGGCCUAAAACCAUCCAACCUGGAGAAAAAGAUUUUGAUCUGGUCAGGACGUUUCCAGACUGAAGACCAGAUACCAGAGCUUGUGUCGCCUAAUAUGAUAGACGCUUCCCGGAAUAGGGUCAGAAUAAAGGUGUGCUUAAUAAUGAUGGGCAUUACAAUAGUCGCAUGUUUGGUGGUGGGCACACUGGGAAAACGGGCUGCAAGUCGAAAUGAGUCUCUAAUGGCCACAAACAUAGAGAAAAAAGCGAGAUUGAGAGAAAGUGCACGACAGGAGAAGGAAGCUGCUAACGCCCUGUCUGACCAGACAUAGUAACGGACAUUUAGCCUCUUGAAGAUCCUUUUAAAUCAGAUAUAGCGCUGGACCAGUCAUGUUUUCUUUUUCACAUGCGAUCCAGUCACUCAUCUGGAUAAGUUUAACCAGAAGCUUCUACAGCAUUAUGUUAGGUAGGUUAUUAUGUAGGCACCAAUAUACAGUAUGUGAAAUUGAAUUAAAUCUUGUGCUGUGAUUGAAGUUUUAAAGUAGUUUUUAAACCUAACAGGGACAGUGUUACAUACAGCUAAAAGUCUAAAUGGCAGUAUAAGAGAAAUUUGUAGAGAAACCUUCAAUUAUUUCAAUUUCAAAAACUAAAUAUUGUUCAAAGGUUGACACCAUUUUGAUUGCAAAAAAAGUAAUAUAGAACUAAAGCAUUACGGUGCUAAAAUUUCUUGUUCUAUAUAAAGUGAUUCACUUAGGCUUUUUGUUCAUGAAACAGCUUUUAUGCAAAUGGCAUAACAGGGAACAGGUGCACAAACUGAAUACAACAAACAUGUAGGGCUGGUCAUGUCCUGCAGAGAUUUAACAAAAGUAAGCAGUUCAAAGUGGACUGGGUAAACAAACAUUCAGAUUAACUAAGAUGAUCACCAGUCUUUUCAAGUUUUCAUCUAUAUUGUUGAAAUUAUCUGGAAGGAUUUCUGCAGGGUCAAACUUAUGGCACCUUCAGCAGCAUACAAUGCUGACUGAAACAUCCAAUUUUGUGAUAUAAUAAAAUAAAAAAAAAUCCACUCUG